ACCGCCAUGGAGAAAAUACGGCAGGCGGCGGCCCACACGAAAGUGGUCGUCAAGAUGCCCACGAAGUGGAUAGGCAUGUACAGCGACUUCAUCACCAAGAACGCCGGCGCGGUCGGCCAGGUCGAGGGCGCGUUGCGAUCAAUCACAUAUCUAGUCCCAGGAGGACUCAAGAUGUCCGACAUAUCAACAGAAGGCCUGAACUCCGGCGUUCAACUACUCUCUCUAUACCACGAUAAUCUCCUCUCAAAAGCACUGGCGCACUCCCUCCGCUCCACACCACGACACCAAAGCCCGCACAACCGAUAUACCCGCUUCUACUGUCAAAAGAGCUCUACGUACAGACGGACAGCGACGACUCUACAAGUCAUUCAGUACACCGAGCUACUGCUGGAGAUGAUGUCAAAGAAGGAUGGAGAGAAAUCGCGAUGGCGGGUGGUGGUUCUGUUGGAGGCUAUGAAGGCUGUGUGCCGGCUGAUACUCAUGCGACUUACAAAUUCGAGACCACUCCUCACUCCUCCACUCCCGGAGCGAGAAGUGGUCGUGGAAGAGAAGGAGACGCCAGAGGAGGAAUCGAUUGCAAGUCCGCCUUCGGAGAGAUCGGAUGGAAGUGAACAAUGGACCAUGCCACGGACAUCUUUAACGCUGCCACCCCUUCCAAACCCCGACGACAUCUCUUCAUAUCUGCUCUCGAAGGUCCUCACCGCCGAUGAUAUCAAGCCGCCGAAAGCCUUGGUCCACCAGACUGCAGGACUUGGAGAGCUCGCCGAGGUCAUGUUCAUUAUCCGACCCGUGAUUUACGCCGCAGCGAUGGCUUACUGGGCACAACGAAGCGACGGACGAGGCAAAGCCGACUGGAGACCUUGGCUUCUGGGUUUGAGCAUUGAGUAUGGUGCACGACAACUUGCGAAGAAGGACCUUGAGAACAGACGGCCUGGCGGUGCUCGCGGUCUCACACAGCUUGAACGAGAGGAGAUGAAGAAACGAGGCUGGUCACUCGCGUGGUGGGGUAUGCGCGGUGCUUUCUACGAGAACGUUACUCGUGGUAUGAUUCUUGGUUUUGCCGGCAAGCUGAAGAACAAGCCGCUGCUCGACAUGAUUGGCAACUUCGUGGAGGACUAUGAGUUCCUCUGGGAUCAGUACUACUUCCCGACGGCGACCUUCACAGCUGCCUUGACUGACUCCGACCUUCCACCUUCUCCCUUGCUACUACCACCAACCCACCAACCUACGACAUCGACCAACAUCACCUCUAUCAAGCGAGGAAGCCAGCCACACAUCACCUCCACAACACACAUCGCCAACAUGCGCUCCAAGUUCAAGGACGAGCACCCAUUCGAGAAGCGCAAGGCCGAAGCUGAGCGCAUCCGUCAGAAGUACGCCGACCGGAUUCCCGUCAUUUGCGAGAAGGUGGAAAAGUCCGACAUUGCGACGAUCGACAAGAAGAAGUACCUCGUUCCAGCCGACCUCACAGUUGGCCAGUUCGUCUACGUGAUCCGCAAGCGCAUCAAGCUCAGCCCAGAGAAGGCGAUCUUCAUCUUCGUCGACGAGGUCCUCCCACCAACUGCCGCUCUCAUGAGCUCCAUCUACGAGGAGCACAAGGAUGAGGAUGGGUUCCUGUACAUCACGUACUCCGGCGAGAACACCUUCGGCGAGGCCGUAUAGACGCCACCUAACAUCGACACCCCUAACAUUUCCACGAUGCAAAUCACGGCGUCUGGCCUGCGACCGAUGGCAUGGUCUCUUUGAGUUUAGGCGUUCAGGAAGGAUAUCCGCAGGCAAGGACAGACACGUGAAUAUGAUUAAGAAUGAAUAAGAGUGGUUGCUGAGGAGGCGUUACACGCUAUUGCGGUAUUGGACAAUAUCAGUGCGAGCCGUGAAGGCAUGAGCGCCAUGAAAGGUCCCGUAUCCCAGUAUCGCUCUGGCCGGGUCGCUGUCCAUAGCCAGCCGCAAGCAGACAUCCUCUGAGCCC